AUGGAUUCGGAGGAAUUAAAAGAGCUAGAUAUACAUUUUAUACAUCCGCCUUCGAGUGUUCAUCACGAUUAUCGACCCAUCAAGAUUCGUGUCUACAAAAAUGGAGAUGCUCGUGACAAAGGAAAGAUUGUUGCUGUUACACGACGCGAGUUCAAACAUUGGAUAAUUUUCUUAGAUGGCUUAACAAAAAAAUUGGGGACGGCUACCGCUAUUCAUCGUCUUUACACUAUACAAGGGAUUCCGGUAGAGCAUUUCGAUGAGCUGGAACACAAAGGAGAAUAUGUAGCAGUUGAGAAGGGUAAUUUCGUGCAGUGUCACUAUGGACAGGCAAAUAAUUGGUCAGAAGAAAAGAAAUGGAAAUCAUUGGGACGAGUAAACUUACCGAGACCCGUUUUUCUUGAAUCAGCAGAAACUAUGGAUAUUUAUCUCAAGCGUGAAGGAUACGGAAGCAUAACAGGUUUGCCAUAUCCUUUUGACGGGAUUCUAACUAGAAGUCCAAGCACAUCAGCGUUACAUUUGAAGAGUCAUCAUAGCCACCUCAGAAAAUUCGGUAGUUUGGAGAAGCUUAAUCAUGUUGGUCAAAGUGUCUGGGGCUUCGAAGACAAGAAAUACUCUUCAAGAGAAAAAGUUAUCAACGUCCCCAAGCUACCUCCAUUGGGAGAUAUCAAUGGAGAUUCCAAUAUGAAGCAGGAAGAAAACAAUAACGAAAACCAAACGUUUGAUAACGAGAAGGCUCCAAAGAUGGAUGAAACGCCAAUUCUACCUCCAAUUGAUUCUGGAACGAAGAUUACCAAUGAAAGCAAACAGGAAAUAGAGGAUUCUAAAGAAAACAAAAUCAAUCAGAAAAAAGAAAAACUUCCGCCAAUUAAUAAUCAAAUCACGAACAGCAGGGAGAGCCGCAUUCCAAUCAAAAAAAUAACAAAAAGAGAGAUUAAAAAAAGCUCAGCUCGUCCUAACUGGUCGCAGCAUGAAACAUACGAGACCAAAGAGUUUCACGCGAAAGAAAUUGUAGAGUCAAUCAUACCUCAACACUGUCAAUUUUCAAGUUCUCAAAAUGUCAGAAGCAUAAGGAACACUCAGAGUUCUAUAUCCAUGAAACAAUCGCGCUCAUUCCCUCGUCUCUUGUAUGACGAAGACAACAUGCUCCCCUUGAUGACUCGGAAAGAGAGAGAACAUAGCGAACGACGGCUACGUUAUCAUCUUCCACCAAUUUUGAGAAGUGAACCUCAGUUGGAUAUUGAUCUCGAAUAUUCUUAUGAUUACGACCCAGACUUCCUGAAUUAUUAA